CACAUAAUUAUAUACCCUAUAAGACAAAAAACGAUGCUGAACAAAAAAAAAGCACCUAAGUGACAGUAAAGAAAAGUUGCUGACAAUGAAACCUGCUAUUGAAACGUCACCUUUAACAUAGAAAACUACAACACCCAGACUCCCUGUAAUAGCUAGGACAUACGCUAGGACGUUUCCGGGAUGUUUUUGUUAUGGAAGAUGGCUGCAGAGUAAACUGGGACUGAAUUAUAAAUCAUGUGCAAGGGUGUCCGCCUUUCUUCGUGAAAAAUAAGAUGCCUAAUUCUGACAGCAAGACAGUCCCUUCAGAUGAAGAUGUGAACAUAAUAGAACCAUGCUUUAAAAAACUGAAAUCCACAGAAGAGACUGCUGGUGAACUGAUCUGCAGGCCUUUUGAGGGGAAAAGUGACAGCUUGCCUACAUCAGAACCCUUCAAAGAGAAAUGUGAUUCAGUGGACUCAUUACCCAUUGUAGAUGAGUGUGUUGAAAAGCCAGAAGAGACCUCUAAUACAAAUACUUGCAAUGAAAUACAUGAACGUGUUGAAACAGAUAUCAAAUGUGACGCAUCUGAAAAGAAACAGAACAAUGGUAACUUAAUUGAUCCAGUAUCUGAGGUUUGCGUGACACGUGAAUCUACACAGACAGCAAUGAGUAGCGAUGAACCAGAAUCUGUCAAACACGAUUCUGUCAGCAGCAUCUCAUUGGGUGAAUGGGCGAUCAAAAGCACCUCCUUUAUAGGACCUAGCUGCAAACCUGCCUGUGAAGGUGAAGAGAAAGAGAUUGAAGACAAGUUGAGCCAGUUUUACAAAGAACUUGAACAGAUUGAGCCCAGUGACACUGGAGAGUCAGGAGGGGAAAGUUCACAGACCAGGCCAACGAAGACAAAUGGCCGAAAUAACACACAGGGGAGGGUAGAAGGCAGGCCUAACUCUUACAGCAGAAAUACACCAAAAGCGUACUAUGGUGCUGAACCACACCAGAAUAAAAGGACAAAUAGAUGGCAUAACGGGAGGCGUAGACCAAAUUAUAAUGAUCAUGUAGAGUAUCCAAAUUGGAACAAUUCCGAGCCCUUUUAUGGGCAUCAGUGGCAGCCACACCAAUCUUUCAUUGUGCCUCGGGGUCCCCCAUACCCAAGAUUUAACACCCCACCUUUUAAUGCACCACCACAGGAUCAUUUUUAUCCUCAAGAUGGCCAGCCGUUCUUUAACAACAACUAUGAUUGUAAUUGGGACGGAUCACAGAUGUAUGAUAAUUCUUAUUACUCCCAUUAUGACGGUCAAGGUGCGUGUUAUGGAGUCAUGCAGGGUUGCAGCGAUGGUGCCUAUUCACCUGAUGGCUAUGAAGAUCACCACAACAGAAAUGACAGUGACUUCUGUGACUAUGGAGAAGGACCUUGGCCCCAACCCUUUGAACCCAGAGAUGGUAAUGGUUUCCCAUAUGAACAACACCAGCAAAGGCUACCAUAUGAGGAAGAGCAGGUGAACUCCCAACCAGUUCUAAUACUUCUGAGGGGAGUGCCAGGAUCGGGAAAGUCCACACUAGCGAAAGAACUUCUUUCCUCUAGUCCAGAUGCUGUUGUGUUAAGCACUGAUGAUUAUUUCAGCCAAGAAGAGGGAUACUCCUAUGACCCUUCCCUGCUUGGAGAUGCUCAUGAAUGGAAUAAAAAGAAAGCUGGAGAAGCUAUGGAUCAAGGCAAGUCUCCUGUAAUAAUUGACAACACUAACACACAGGCUUGGGAAAUGAAACCAUAUGUGGAAUUGGCAUUGGAAAGAGGUUACAGAGUUGAGUUCCAUGAACCUGAUACCAGCUGGAAGUUUGAUCCUGUGGAGCUGGAGAAGAGGAACAAGCAUGGAGUCCCACAGGAGAAGAUCGCUCAGAUGUUGGAGCGAUUUGAACACCCGAUGUCUAUAGAUAUUGUUUUGAAUUCACAGGAACCCUCCUUUAAAAAUUCGCCAAGGCCCCCAUCACGACACAAACAGAGAGAUGAAUUGAAGCAGAAAUCCAAGAGCAAAGGGAGGCACAAUAGAAAACGCAAAAGAAACCGGAGAUCCAAACCAAGCCUGAAUAAAGAAUCUGAGAUGAUAACAGAAAAGACCCAAAGUCCUUCAGAAUCUGAGGUUGAAAAUUCUGAAGAAGAGAGUUUGAACAAUGGUAAAGAAGGUACACCAACUGGGGGUCCUAUAUGCAAAGACGUAGGUUCUAAAGACAGCUCUGGAAGUGACAACAAACGGGAAAACUGUAACAAUGCAGAAGUUUUGUACUUUUCAAAAGACACACUCAUUGGUUCUUUGUCUAAAGUAGAGACCAAAGAAAGUACUGUAGACAGUAUUUUUACAAGAAAUGGUGGCCAAAUCUUUGAAAAAUUGGAUAACUACAUUGAGAAGACUGUAACCCAAAGUUCAGGAAAAUUAAAACCAAAGAAUCUUGUUUGCAUUUGCAAGAAAACAGUCGAUCACAGUCAAAAUAGUUUGGGGAGCCAAUGUAGCAUCUCUAAAUUCACACAAACAGAAGUCCUUGCAGGGUCAACAGGUGGUAACUUGACUGUUAGCAGUGGGCUAGGUCAGAUUUGGGUUGAUAAGGAAUUGUCUGGUGCAGCAUAUGGAUUUCUACAAUAUGAUGCAAUGAAAGAAGCUUGCAUUACAAAACAGAAAAUAACUAUUGCCUCAAAAGAGGUUUCUUCUAAAGCAAAUGUCAGAGGGUGCUACAGCCAUGUGAAGCCAAAGGAAAAGGACAUCUUAAAAAAAACAAAAACAGAAGAGCAGGACAUUGGAGGUGUGUUUCAUGCACUGGCUACUUGGAAGCCCAAUGAAUUAAGGACCAAAGACCCUGCUAAGAAACCAAUGCCAUGUAAAUCUAAAAUAGAAGAUGUUAUAGAGUGUCCAAUAUCAUUACAUGUAGAAGAACAAAGUCCUGCAGAAAUGCAGAAUCAUGAACCACGCCUGUCGCAUUCAGAUCAUGUAGAUACAGAAACAUCGUGCAGCAUUGCCUAUUCAUAUGAGAAGCAUAUGAUCCGAGCACUAACUCCAAAGAGAUUGAAACGGCUUUGCAGUCUAGCACCUACGUUUCAACUUCCACGAGAGAUGGAAGCAUGUGGCGAGAGUGGUAAACAAAUAAAAGAAGAAACUGAAGAGGAAGUACUAAACAAAUCCCAAGUAUCUGAAGACAUUCCCUCAAGUCUGCUUCAAGACAUGCUUGAAUGGAGUUCUAUUACCUUUGAAUAUGGAGCGCAGGGAACAGCCAUGACUGGUGAGACCCAAGACACUGGGAAUCUAAUAGACUUGGGGGAGGACCACACAUGGUGGUCAACUGAAGAACAAUUACUUCAUCAGUCCAUUAGAGAAAAUGUGACUGCAGCUUCUGAAUGGGCACAAGGUGACAUGCGUCUUUGGUUUUAUGAGUUCAGUGACAUUUUGAAAACUGAUGAGAGUAAGGCGGACAAGGAGACUUUAUCCUGUCAGCCAGAUAUUGUGUCCUCUGUUACAGAUGCGUCUGUUAAAACCUUUUUGGAGUUUAAGGAUAAUGAUGAUCAGCUUAAUACAGUAACAGAAGGGAAACAGGAGAGAUGUGGUUCAGACCAAGAUCAGAGUGAAGAUCAGGAAGCCUACAUCCCUCCUGGGAGAUUCCCUUUCCUUCAUUUGAGGUUGUCCAAGGAGCUGGCUUUACAACUUGUGGAAUUGUUUGGACCCCCAGCCCCUGGUGUUGAUUCAUUUUUACCAGAAGAUUAUGACGUUUCCUUGGACUGGGAAUUAUCCGAAGCAAUCCAUUCGCAAUGGAAGAAGUCAUUGGAGGAAAGACAGAACCAUUCUGCUACAACAACUGAAAACUACCUAGAAGGGAGUGCUGUAUCAGAGCAGAGAGUUGAAGUUGAAGAGAAGGAAACUUCCCAUGUAGGUUUUGAGAAGAGUGGAGGAAUGGAUACUGACAAACUGUGAAAAGAAGGGACCUGAAGGCAUUCAUGCAACCUUGAUUCACCUGUUUUGUACUCCGUGAUGACUUGAAGGUCUCUACAUUUAACACACUUUUUGCAGACUUUCAAGGGCACAAAAGUUGUUACUUAUUAAUUUUGUAACUAAAAUUAGUUUAAAAAAACUGUAGGUGCCAACAUCUUUAAAUAUUGAGCUGCAACAUUGAGUGUUCAUGUGUUCACAGUACAGCAUUGUUAAUUUAGGGAGCCUGGUUAUUGAAUAAAUAUGUGUGGUUUCAAAAGGAGUACAGUGUCAUUCAGUGAUUUCCUUAUUGAAACAUACAUUCCAGGACAGUCUUGUUUUCAAGUGGGUCCUUGAGGGAAGCAUCUUGCAUACAAAUAAAUUAAGCUUUAUAUACUGCGGCAGUAGUCAUCAAGAUACAAAAUAAAAGGUGUGGAUAGGUGGUCAUAUAUAUUGGUCUUAAACUCCUGUUAAUUGUGAUCAUUCCUGGAAUGUGUGCAUGGUUACUAGGAAAGGAAAAGACUUCUAACCUACUGCAUACAUGUUCUGCUGUGUACUAAGGAAACUGAGCAGGAUCGGGUGGUGUGGUCCUGUAACAAAGGAAGCGAAUGGGGAGAGUGCUUCCAUAAACCUUGCAAUGCUCAGGCAAGCAAAUGGGCUUCAACUGAGUCAAAGUGAAACCAAAGCACAACAGCAAAAGACCAAGGCACAUGUGAGAGUGGUAUACUUAUGAGAUAAGGAAGUUGAGUGAUUACACCAUUUACUGUCAUACUAAAUGAAUGUUAAUAAAAUCAUUAUUCGUUUGGAACAAUUAGCAGCCUAUUCAUUCACAUAACGACUGAAAUCAUGAUCAACUAUAUAUAACUUCUUAGAACAACACGUUUGUAAAGUUGGUUGGACAACCGUUUAUUCUUUUUAAAUGCCACAGCACAAAAUGUACAAUUCAUUUACUUUGUAACAGGGUCAAGAAUGCCCUGUUCAAAUUUUAUUUUACACUGACAAUAAGUAUUGGGAUGAUGGUUUGCCGGUGUGGAAUAAUGAGUGCGAACGGCCCGAGCGCUGCUGCAGAGAUAGUAGUUGCUCCAAAUGAGGCGCUACCGUUAGAAGGCUAAAUGCGUAUACCUUGGCUUCCAGCAGAAGAGGGGCAGCCCUCAACUCGCAACAAUUGCAUAAAAAAAAAUCCCGGUACUUUACCACUUCAAUGCAUGUACAACCACAAGGAUCGGGUGGCUGGUUUCUCUCUCGCUCUCUCUCUCUCUGUGUGUUCCCUCCCCUGCACAGACAUUGUGUGUGUGUGUGUGUGGUGUGAUUUGUACUUUUAUACCGUGGUAUUGUUUUUAUUAUGACAAUUUUACUGUGUCUUUGAAUGUGUAUCUCCACUUUAUUGCUGCAUAGCAGCGUUGUUGCAUUUGCAGUUUAAUACAUGAUCUAAUUAAUGUGAACCUUGUUUAACUGCUUGAAAUCUUGCUACCUGUUAAUAGGUGAAUGGAAUUGUUUUAUUAUAUCAUUACCGUUUGAAACUAGGCGUUGCUAUUGGAAGUUUACAAUAAACAAACGCUUGUUAAA